CGUCACGCUAUUGUCCGUCAUUGUCUAAGCAAUACUGCAGCAGCAACAAGACACGGAUCACGUCUCUCGAGUUUUAUGCCGCUACGGAAAUAUUCUACAGUCGACAAGCGUCUCAAAGUCAUUCGCGGAGACCAAAAUGCCGGUCGUCGGACUGUCGAAGUCCGAAUGUGAGGGGUUCGAUCCCGAGGUGGCGGAAUGUUUUGCUACUACAGAACCAAUAGAAUUUCAUGAUUCGGCUCCAAAGUUUGCCACAAUCAAGCCAACUCCCAUCCGCCCCGAGCCGAGGGACUGUGUUCAGGAGGACAAACACGCCAAGGAGCACGAGCUCCACGUGCAGCUAAAGGAUGUCCUGGCCGUUCAUGAUUCGGCUCCAAAGUUUGCCACAAUCAAGCCAACUCCCAUCCGCCCCGAGCCGAGGGACUGUGUUAAGGAGGACAAACACGCCAAGGAGCACGAGCUCCACGUGCAGCUAAAGGAUGUCCUGGCCGAGGCGAACAGUCUCCGCGCUGACCUCCGAGAUGCUGGACUCCGUAUUCAUUCUCUGGACAUGAACAACCUCCAUCUUCAGAAACAAGUUAGACAACUCUCGGACCAGAAAGUCUCCCUCGGGGAGCAGGCGUAUGGCUUGGUGAAGGAGGUGGACAUGUUGAAAGGAAAGGGACUUCCUGCACAUGUAGCAGGCGGCGAAGGUGUUGGACUUUCCCAGACCACGUGCUCGGAUCACGUGCAACAAUCAAACAGUGUGUUGCGUCAUAGAAAGGACAAUAUCCCCAAAGGGUGCCAUCAUGAACUCCCUCGACGUAAUAUGUCCUCAAAUGACGACGUAAUAUCAAGCUCAGCCCAUUCAUCUGAAAACAACGAAAAUGUUCAGAGGUCGAACUCGUUUUUUAGUCGUUUGAGCAAACUUUUUAGAAGAAACAAAUUUUAAUGUAUGUCAAUGUUUGUUUAUAAAUCAAAAUGAAACUUCAAGAACCA